GGGCUGAACUUGAGGAGCCAGUCUGGGGCCUAAGCGCAGACGCAUUAAGCCUAAGCAGUCGGUGAUGGCGGCAGCAGCAGUGGAGGCUGCGGUGGGUCCGGGCCCAUGAGGCGACGACGGAGGCGGGACGGCUUCUACCCAGCGCCUGACUUCCGAGACAGGGAAGCUGAGGACAUGGCAGGAGUGUUUGACAUAGACCUGGACCAGCCAGAGGACGCAGGCUCUGAGGAUGAGCUGGAGGAGGGGGGUCAGUUAAACGAAAGCAUGGACCAUGGGGGCGUUGGACCAUAUGAACUUGGCAUGGAACAUUGUGAGAAAUUUGAAAUAUCAGAAACUAGUGUGAACCGAGGGCCAGAAAAAAUCAGACCAGAAUGCUUUGAGCUACUUCGGGUACUUGGUAAAGGGGGCUAUGGAAAGGUUUUUCAAGUACGAAAAGUAACAGGAGCAAAUACUGGAAAGAUAUUUGCCAUGAAGGUGCUUAAAAAGGCAAUGAUAGUAAGAAAUGCUAAAGACACAGCUCAUACAAAGGCAGAGCGGAGUAUUCUGGAGGAAGUAAAGCAUCCCUUCAUUGUGGACUUAAUUUAUGCCUUUCAGACCGGUGGAAAACUCUACCUCAUCCUUGAGUAUCUCAGUGGUCUUAAAGUUGAUGAAUACAUUGAAGUAAGGAGAUAUGAAAGAAACUUUCAAGGAGGAGAACUAUUUAUGCAGUUAGAAAGAGAGGGAAUAUUUAUGGAAGACACGGCUUGUUUUUACUUGGCUGAAAUCUCCAUGGCUUUGGGGCAUUUACAUCAAAAGGGGAUCAUCUACAGAGACCUGAAGCCGGAGAACAUCAUGCUUAAUCACCAAGGUCACGUGAAAUUAACAGACUUUGGACUAUGCAAAGAAUCUAUUCAUGAUGGAACAGUCACACACACAUUUUGUGGAACAAUAGAAUACAUGGCCCCUGAAAUCUUGAUGAGAAGUGGCCACAAUCGCGCUGUGGAUUGGUGGAGUUUGGGAGCAUUAAUGUAUGACAUGCUGACUGGAGCACCUCCAUUCACCGGGGAGAACAGAAAGAAAACAAUUGACAAAAUCCUCAAAUGUAAACUUAAUUUGCCUCCCUACCUCACACAAGAAGCUAGAGAUCUGCUUAAAAAGCUGCUGAAGAGAAAUGCUGCUUCUCGACUUGGAGCUGGUCCUGGGGAUGCUGGAGAAGUCCAAGCUCAUCCAUUUUUCAGACACAUUAACUGGGAAGAACUCCUGGCUCGGAAGGUGGAGCCCCCCUUUAAACCGCUACUGCAAUCUGAAGAGGAUGUGAGUCAGUUUGAUUCAAAGUUUACACGCCAGACACCUGUUGACAGCCCAGAUGACUCAACUCUCAGUGAAAGUGCCAACCAGGUCUUUCUGGGUUUUACAUAUGUGGCUCCAUCUGUACUUGAAAGCGUGAAAGAAAAGUUUUCCUUUGAACCAAAAAUCCGGUCACCUCGAAGAUUUAUUGGUAGCCCACGAACACCAGUCAGCCCAGUCAAAUUCUCUCCUGGGGAUUUCUGGGGAAGAGGUGCUUCAGCCAGCACGGCAAAUCCUCAGACACCUGUGGAGUACCCAAUGGAAACAAGCGGAAUAGAGCAGAUGGAUGUGACUAUGAGUGGGGAAGCGUCAGCACCACUUCCAAUCCGACAGCCGAACUCCGGGCCAUACAAAAAACAAGCUUUUCCUAUGAUCUCCAAACGGCCAGAGCACCUGCGUAUGAAUCUAUGACAAAACAAUGCUUUUAAUGAGUUUGAGGCAAAAAAGUGGGAAAUGUGUGAGCAUCCUGCAAGACAAAAAAAGAAUCAAAAUGACAGUCUCAAAGAGUUGUUGUCAUUACCUAGUACACUUUGGAUGGAAAAAAAUAAACAUGGAUUUUAAAAAUCAAUCAAUGGUGCAAAAACAAAACAAAACUUAAGCAAAAUAGUAUUGUGGAACCCAUAGACACAUGGAUUAACUGAUUCCUGGUGACAUCUUCUCAACCUUAUCGAGGAUUUUCAUGUUGAUGGCUCCAAACUGACAGUAUUAAGGGUAGGAUGUUGCUUCUGAAUCACUGUUGAAUUCUGAUUGUGUCAAAGAAGGGGUUAUCCUUUCAUUAGGCAAAGUAUGAAAUUGCCUAUAAUACUUGCAACUAAGGACAAAUAAGCAUGCAAGCUUUGUCAAACUUUUUCCAGCAACAUGGAAUCAAAGACAAAAGAAACUUAUCGAUUGAUGUUUUACGUGCAAACCUGAAUCUUUUUUUUAUAUAAAUAUAUAUUUUUCAAAUAGAUUUUUGAUUCAGCUCAUUAUGGAAAACAUCCCAAACUUUAAAAUGAGAAAUUAUUGGUUGGUGUGGAGAAAGCCAGCUUCUGUUUCUUCUCUUGAUGAAAUAAAAUGCAAAUGAAUCAUUGUUAACCACAGCUGUGGCUCCUUUGAGGGCUUGGGGUGGACCUGGGUUGUCCUCUUUUUGUUUGGUUUUUGUUUUAAUAACCCAGCUGCAAUACCUGUCUGUAAUACUAGGAGAAAAAAAAAAAAAGAAUCCAGUUAAUCAUUUCUACUUGCAGUACUGCUCUGUGCUGAGCUUAACUGGAAGGGAAUGGGCCCAAGUUGUAUCUUCUACAUUUCAUCCUUAUCCUGGGCCUGUGCUGCACCGGAAAAAAAAAAAAAAAAUCACACCUGAUCUUAUACCAGUAUUUGGUUCAAGAUCCAAAUGUGUUCAAGCCCAUGUCUGAAGAAGGACGGAAGAGAGUCAGGGUUAAGUAUGCUGAGGGCAGCAAAGUUGGGGAGAGAGAUAUCCAGGGGAAGAGUGUGGUACCAUGGCCACUCUCUGUCUAAUCUCUACAUCAUAUUGGUAAGGUUUUAAGUUUUACUUUUUACUGUUUUUGCUGUCUGCUUUCCUUAAUAUCCCCCCCCCCCAACAGUUUUUAAAAAAAGGAAAAAAAAAAAAGGGUUUGUUUGGGUUUUUUCCUCCUAAUAUUGAGGCUACAUUUUUUUAAUUGUAAAAAAUAUUUAAUGGCCUUUUGAUGAAUGUCUUCCAUAGUGAAUAACAAAACUUAGUGGCUUAAUUUAGGAAACAUGUUAACAAGAUACCGAUUUUGAAAUUGUAACAAAAUCUACAUAAGUGAUUUACAGGUACAGAGAAUAAAAAUAAAGGUAACUUUACCUUUCUUAAAUACUUCCUGCCUUAAUGAGAGCAUUUCCAUGACUAGCUGGUGAAAGGGUUUAAUAUCUACAGAGCUUUAUGAAAUGCAUUUCAGUGCAUACUGGUAGAAGUAGAUGACCGUGCAGUUGAGUCUUGUCACUUCAUUUUUGUUGGUCUUUCAUACUGUCUUCAGCCUGUGCAGUUCAUUUGUAAUAGUUUACAGCCCUAGGAUUUCUCUAAGUAGAUGCUGCUUGCUGUGUUCUUCAAACUUUUUUGAGCCAUAGGAUCCAAGCCAUAAAAUUCUUUAUGCAUGUCAAAAUCAAUCAGAAAAGAGUAAGACUUUGCCUAUAAAUUUCAAAUGAAGUAACAUGGGAUGAAAUUAUAAAAGCAAAAAUAGAACCAUGACAGAUGAUUGGAAGUAUACCUUUUCAGUUGUGGCAAUAAAUGAAAGACUUGAUAAAAGUU